GCGAAUGAAUGGAGCCAUUCAAUUUUGCAUCGUUUUUGGGGGGUACUGGAAAUAGGUUUUCUGGGAGCAAUAGCGUGUAACGGGGGGUGGGUCCAAUAUUUCUAUCUGCUCUUUGCGUUGCUCAGUUUCCAGCUCCUACCCCAACCGUCCCUCUCGGGGUGCAGAGGCGGAGCGCGCCCGCGUGUUUCCGGGCGCGGCAGUCGUGUGUCCACCCGGACUGUCCUGCGGUCGGGUUUUCUGCCUCGCAAGUGCCAAGCUGAGGAGCUUGUACUGAAGUAAACUGGGAGGAUGCUCAGUGCGGAGAGCAGAGACGGCAGCCCGGGCUGUGCUCCUGUCUACAGACAUCCGCCACUCGUAGCUCUGCCCUGGAGCCAGCCAGCGCUGCCCGCCUCCUUACCGUAUAGGGGAGUGAGGAGGGCUGGUGUAAGCUAUAGAGGAGGCCCCAGUGACCCUCUUUCACUGCAAUGGCUCAUUUAUUCCUCUAGCAAAUACUGGACGAAUCUGCCUCGGUUUCCCCACAUGAAGAAAUCAGGUAUAACAGUACCCUCCGCGGAGUGGAGGUGAGGGAUCAAUGAGAUUUAUAAAAGGAAAGCCUUUAACAGCACCUGGCACGUAGUAACCUCUUAACAAGUGUUAAGAUAGUUAUUAAUUUUAAAAAAAUACUAAUGAGACGCCAGAAACUGUGCCCACGGGGGAUGUACUGGUUCGAACCCGGGUCUUUCUGAGUGCGAAAUUAGCCGCCUACGACUUGCUGGGGUUUGCGAACUCUAUCUAGCCCAUGGGUGGGCCCCUAGUCUCAUCCGCGGCCCUCCUCCCCUGGGCCUGCGCGUGGGGGCAUUGCGGGGUGGGGCCCAGAAAGGAGACCACCCAAAGAUCUCAGCGUGGACUGGGGUGAAUUUCACCCUGUCGCUUUAAGGCUUCUUUGGCCUAGGCGCCGCGGAAAGCCCGGAUGCGACGCUCUGAUUGGGCGGGGCGUCUCCGUGACGUUACUCCGGAUACAAAAGAGCCCGGGUGGCGGACGCCUGAGCAUAGCGUCCUAGCAGGGUUACGGCGUAGGUCAUUCGUAAAGAGAGGCGUGAGUGAGCUCGUUGUCCGGAGUGCACCUGCUAUCUGUCCUGCCCAGACGGGGAAUCCCCACCGCCCUCGCCGUCGAGUCGCCAUGGAAGUGCAGAAGGAGGCGCAACGCAUCAUGACCCUAUCAGUGUGGAAGAUGUACCAUUCGCGCAUGCAACGCGGGGGCCUUCGGCUACACCGGAGUCUGCAAUUGUCGCUGGUCAUGCGCAGCGCCCGAGAACUGUACCUUUCAGCAAAAGUGGAAGCUCACGAGCAGCCCGAGGUGCCCUCACCGCCCACUCGCUGCUCUGACCCGCGCCUGCACCCGCCGCGGGGAGCACAAACCGCAGCCGAGUCAGCGACCUCCGGCGGUGAGCAGCUCUGCCCGGAGCCCAUGGACACGCAGGAGGCGCCAAGAGCCGAGGAAAUCCCUGCUCGCUGUGCCCCGCGCCCGGCCAAAGUCAGCCGCAAGCGGCGGAGCAGCAGCCUGAGCGACUGCGGGGACGCCGGACUGGUUCCGAGCAAGAAAGCCCGUCUAGAAGAGGAGCAGGCGGGAGAAGGGGCGUCUUCGGAGGUCCCCGAUCGCCUGCAGCCCUCUCCCGCGCAAGCGGAGGGCGCCUUCCCAAACCUGGCGCGCGUCCUACAGAGGCGAUUCUCCGGCCUCCUAAACUGCAGCCCCGCCAGCCCCCCUACAGUGCCGCCACCGGCGUGCGAGGCAAAGCCCGUGUGCCGCCCGGCGGACAGCAUGUUAAACGUUCUCGUGCGGGCCGUAGUGGCUUUCUGAGGCCCCCGAGCGGCGCUGCUGGAGCCCAGAGCGCUGGCCGAACCGUUGGCUGGAGUACGCAGACCCGAGGUCAGUCCACCCGGCGGUAUCAACCGCGGAAACCGGAGAGGAGCUGCCGCCCGGGCUGCUGAGAAGCCCGAAGACGGACUCUGCCCCCGGGGAGCUGUCGCCGCCCGUGUGCAGCGGCGGCGUCAAGGAGCCGGGGGCGCGGGCGCCUUCCGCCGAGACCUGCCGUGCCCACAGGUGCUGUCUUAACCGACGGGGACGUGGCCUUUCCGUCUCCUGGGACUGGGAGAGGGAGGCUUGGUUCUUGAAACUCCUCAGGGUCGGACUUUAUUUUUUACUGGGGGCUGUGCUGCCCUUUCAAGGUUUUUCAAUAGUUAAUGUUCGCAUUCCCAACUCCGAGCAUUCCAGGCACUCUUCUUCCCCCCUCCAGUGACACACUUAUGCAAGCGGUCAUCAUUGCGUCAUGGGACAGACGUGGGGAGCUUCCUGUUGCCUUACGUGGGCGUGGGGCCUGGGAGGAGGGCCUGGGGUGUGGAUCGCCGUGGGGAAUGGGAGGAGGGAGGCUUGAGUCACUUCGCCCCCGUGUGCUGCGCCCCUACGCCUUUGGGUGGAGGAAGCUGAUCUGAUUUCAGGUUGAAAUUGUUUUCAUUUGGUGUGUUCGAGGUGGGGAUAUGUUCACUAUUUCUAGCGUGACUCUCCCUCAGACACAAGCCAGGAGAUCUUUGUUUGAAUCACAAAAAUGGUGGAAAGGAGAUGUUCAGAGAGCUGUAAGGCCAAGAUUGGACCAGUUGCUGGUGGACUGCGCUAGUUUAGGGAGAGGGAGAUUCUGGCCAGGGCGUUCUGAGAGUCUGUUUACUCUGGUGGAUUGUUUAACUCUGUCAAUCUGGCCUUUUGCUGGAGACGCCAGAUAAGGAAAAUAAAGACCAUUUGAAUAAGAA